AGAAGGACUGAAGAAAACAAAAAAUAAAAUAACAUUGACUCGAGGAAAAACACGAUAAGAGAAAGAAAACGCUUCAAAUAUUUAAAUUUGAAGGGCAGUAACUCUUAAGUCUCCCCCCCCCCCCUGCUGACAUCGCCUUGAAACAAGAAGCAGGUGAUCGUCUGAGCCCUGCUUACGUUUCACGCGCCAAAACCCAGGUAGUGGUUUUCUGGCGUUUUUUUUUUUUUUUUUUUAAUGUCGGAAGAAAAAAAAACACAACAAAAACAACGUUCUACAAAUGAAUUAAACGUCUCAUUAUUUUGUGUGUUUUUUUUUUUACAUUUAAAUGUUUAGACUCUUGUGUAGAGCUCUUCUGGAAUGGAGUUAGUUUGUACUCUAUGUUCUACGACAGUGGGAAUUUCGUAUUUAUCCGUUCUUCCACCGCACUUUGAAUGCGGUUUGAAUGUUUUGUUGUAACUUAUACUUUCAUAUUUAUUCAAGUCUAAGCUCGGUCUAACAAGAUUGCCAGAUUAUAAAGACACUGGCCAACCAGCGAGCUUGCGUAUGUGUUUGUGUGCGUGAAACGUUCAUUUCGAAGGAUUAAUCGAAAUAGGUUGGUGUAACAAAAAGGAGCAGACGGCUCGUGUGGUCAGCACAAUGUCUGGAACAUUGAGCAAGUCAAGACCACCUGACAGCAAAAUUGUUGUUCUUGGAAACCCGGGAGUGGGCAAAUCUGCUCUGGUCGUGCGAUUCUUGACCAACAGAUUCAUCUGGGAAUACGAUCCUACACUAGAACGAAGUUAUAAGCACCACACCAUAUUGGAUGACGAGCAUACGUUAAUAGAGAUACUGGACACAGCUGGACAGGAAGACACCAUGCAGCAGGAGGGUAAUGCCAGGUGGGCAGACGGCUUUGUUUUAGUGUACGCCAUCAAUGACAGGCAGAGCUUUGAGGCGGCUGGCAAUCUCAAACACCACCUGGACAUGUUGAAGAAAACCAACGUGUUAUGCAUGCUAGUCGGGAACAAGGUGGACUUACUUCAUGAAAGGAGAGUUACCACUGAAGAAGGGGAGGCCCUGGCCGUUGAACUCUCUUGUGGUUUCUUUGAAACGUCUGCCAGCGACGGCGGGGAAGACAUACCGGAAGUGUUUUACGAACUUCAUCGGGACAUCAAAAGGCGGAAGUCCAUUGAGACGAAAGGCAGGAGAAGAUCGUCUGCCCAACAAGUGAAACAUGUCUUCAACAGGAUGCUGAAUAAAAUUGGAAAUUCUUCAUGACAUUUGACCAACCAUCCGUUUUUAUUAACUUGGAUUAGUCUCUUUCAUGUUACGGUGCUUCUCUUAUUCUUGUUAAAUCCAUGUAAUUUUUUUUUUCGCAAUGCAAAAGGAAUCCCGAAUGUAGAUCUUUAUUUUGUUUUUCAAGUUAAUCAUUUAAAAGUUGCUUAUUAUCCUUUAAAGUUCUCAAAGUAAUUGAGAGAAAAUUAUAUUAGUAUUCAUUAACUAUUUUAUUCUGAUAGUGGUGAAAAUUCUAGAACUAAUUAUCUUGAAACGUGAACGUUUAAGCAGAAACGGUGCUAAUACUAAUAAUAUUAUUAUUUAUUACCCAUGAGAAAAAUUGUCUAACAAUUUGUGCAAUUUUUAACAAUUACAUAGAAAGGAUGAUAUUAGAUCGUUGAGACUUGGAAAGUAGGCCUACGAUUGCUAAACUGAGUCUGCUUUUAAAGGCCCCACGAUUCUUAUCUUGUCCUAGAACAUCAGAACAUCUAUUAACCUUCCCCUUCUAUGAGUGGCGAGUUCUAUGAUGUCAAAGUUGAAAUUUGCACAAGUUCAGAUCAUUAAUAAACAAAUAAUAAAGGUUUUGUAGUGUAAAUUGUAUAUUUGUGUAUAUAACUCUUAAACACAGACUUUGUACUACUAUGCUAAUACGGCUAAGUUGAAUCUCUUGCUUUAUGUUAAUGAAUGUGUUGGAUUCAUUGAUCUUUCCGUAUAAUUAUAAACCCAUGUACCGGUGAUCUUCGGAACAUUGUUUUUGACUUUUGACUGAAAUGCAGUAAAUGUGAGAUGAAUAGACGAGUGAUGUAAAUAAAAUGUAACAACAUAUGGCGUUAUUGUAUAAUUGUUUCAACCUAAUGAUAUCCCAGUUUUUUCUUUUUCAAAACGAGUUCUUUCAUUUUUAAAUAAAGUCUACGAUCUUUCCUAUAUAUAAAU